AUGAAUUUUGCAAAAACAAUAACUUCCCUAUUAACACCCUUGUGCACGAGCCAAAACCUCCAACAAAUCAGAACAAAAUGGGUUAACCGAUGGAUGAUCAGAGACGUAAAAAGAAGAAAAUUAGCCACCGAAAUGGCCCCCGAAAGACUCCGUAUCAACUCUCUAAGAAGAAACAACAUACUACCCCCAGAAUUAAGGGAAAUUGCCGACACGGAAAUAGCUGCAAUGCCAAGAGAUUCAUGCUUGUCGAGAAUCAACAAGCGAUGUGUUAUAACAUCAAGACCCAGAGGUGUAGUGGACAGAUUUAGGAUGAGCAGAAUCGUGUUUAGACAUUUAGCAGAUUAUAAUAAAUUGUCUGGUGUACAAAGAGCUAUGUGGUAA